AUGGCAACCUUCCGUUCUACACACCCUUUAAUUAAAAUUUUAAACAAUGCCCUUGUGGAUCUUCCCGCCCCUACUAACAUCUCUUCUUGAUGAAAUUUUGGGUCUCUUCUAGGGUUAUGCUUAACUACUCAGAUUUUAACAGGAUUAUUCUUAGCUAUACAUUAUACUCCUCAUGUAGAUUUAGCAUUUUCGAGAGUUAUUCAUAUUAUACGUGAUGUUAACUAUGGUUGACUUCUUCGUACUAUCCAUGCAAAUGGGGCCUCCUUCUUUUUUAUCUGCCUGUACCUACAUGUAGGACGUGGUAUAUUUUACGGGUCUUACUUGUACAUAAUAACUUGAUUUUCAGGAAUCGCCUUGCUUUUACUAACAAUAGGGGCAGCAUUUAUAGGCUAUGUACUACCCUGAGGGCAAAUAUCCUUUUGGGGGGCUACAGUUAUUACUAAUCUUUUAUCUGCCAUUCCUUACAUAGGAGACACAGUUGUUCAGUGAGUGUGAGGAGGCUUUGCGGUGGAUAACGCCACUCUUAACCGAUUUUUUUCAUUCCAUUUUAUCAUCCCAUUUAUCAUUAUAGCAGUUGUUAUAAUUCACUUACUUUUUUUACAUCAGACGGGAUCUAACAAUCCUUUAGGACUAAAAAGAGAUACUGAUAAAAUCCCCUUCCACCCCUAUUUUACAAUUAAGGAUUUAGUUGGGUUUUUAAUUAUACUCAGUCUUAUGUGCCUCCUUACCCUUCUUAAUCCAAACCUACUUGGAGACCCAGAAAAUUUCAACCCGGCCAACCCCUUGGUCACCCCUGUUCAUAUUCAACCGGAAUGAUAUUUCUUAUUUGCUUACGCAAUUUUACGAUCAAUUCCUAAUAAGUUAGGAGGAGUAAUUGCUCUUUUAAUAUCUAUUUUAAUUCUAGCAAUUUUACCAAUUUGACAUAAAAGAAGCUUGCGAGGUUUAAGAUUUUACCCGUUAAAUAAAUUUAUAUUUUGAAUAAUAGUAGGGACUGUGUUUAUUUUAACAUGAAUUGGGGCAAAGCCUGUAGAAGACCCGUACGUAUUUAUUGGCCAGCUUUUUACUGUAAUUUAUUUUAGUUAUUUUAUUCUGGCUCCUGUCUCUCUAAAAAUGUGGGACUUUCUUAUUAAGUAG